GUCACUACACUGGACAUCAAGAGUUGUAGCGGCACUCCGUCAACAUCGCUCUGUAGAAGUUGACGGUACAACUAUUUUAUUCCGUUUGCCGCUUAGCGGAAGAACAAAAAGCUUUCGAUGACGCAAGCAUGAUGACUAGGGUGGGCCCGCGGUCCACGCGGGUCCUACCCUUGGCGUGGGCCGGCGACGGCGCUCUCAGGACAGUAUUGCUCUUCGUCUUCUCUACGUCUACCACUGUUACUGCAGACGCGGCCCUGCCAGCCCUCCCCGUCACGAUCGAUCCGUUGCACUUCCUCGACCAUGUUGUGGUUCCUGCCGGAAAGAAACUCUUGUCCCGGAACAAAACACGACCCGCGAACAAGCGCGAGCCUGGAGAUCAUGAUCCUCGCAUCCGCACCCCCACUGCCGCGCGUGCUGCGCUCGCAGCCUUUCGUGAGAAAGAGGGUAGAACAAGAACAACGAGUGAAACACACGGUAAAAAAAUCAUCUCCUCAGCCACCUGGUCCUCGAUCAAAAAUGUCGGCAGUGCAGCAACACCAGCCCAGACGUCGCCGGACCAAGCCUGGAAAAACCGCGGUGAGAUCAAUGCCGCUAUGGCACGGGCGCUGCAGGCUUUGGAUGACAACGCCGCAGACUGUGUCAACUCGCUCCGCCGGUAUCGGGAGGAAAAUGUUGGAGCGGACAAGAAAACUCGCUCCAAAACGGCUCUGAUUGCCGACAUGAACGCGGAAAUGGCCAAGUUGACGCGGGCGCGGCAAAAGGCGGAGAGGCGACUGGAAGAAACCGAGGGGUUGAUGAAAAGCGAGGUCACCCGGUUUAGCACGGCGAGAAAGAAACUGACAGAGGAGCUUACCAGUAGACGACAGGAGCUGAAGGACUUCCAAAAAAUGAACCAAACGAUAGCGAGUCUGAAGCCGUGCGAGCAGGGAAAUGAAGCUACGACGGAAGGAGCUGCAGCUCAGUUGCAGAUAGAAUUCUUGCCGCAAGACAAACACCGAGUAGAAGUAGACGCAGGAAUUAAUACGGGGAUCCAUCGGGAAAGCAGGAGGAGCGCCAGACAUCAUCAUCAAUCUGCUGCUGUCGACGACGCAGCGUUAGAACGGUACUUCAGCACUCCUUUUGAUCAGCCGGCAACAUUCGCAGUAGAAGGAGCUGCUGCAGCACCUGUGUCUCUUCUGGAAACCAGCCAGAGUACUAUCACUGAGCACCAGAAAACCGCCCCAUCAGCGCUCAUGCCCGCGCUUUGCCCCUGUGACGACGGUAGUUCCACUUGCAGUGCCCCCAAGCUGACCGAGCGCUUCGUGCUGCUCUACGGCACCGGAGUUGAGGCUCUAGAGCAAGUGCACCGAGACCUGGCCGCGCUGGAAAAGAAGAAAGGGAGGCAGAUGAACCGGUUAGAGAAGAUGAGAAAGGACUUGGAGAGGGAAAUCGUAGACCUGACGAAGGAAAAGGAGGCUACGAAAGACACAUUCGAAAAAGCCACGUUGGAUAAGAGGGCGGCUGGGAUGGUUGCCGCGAAAUGGGUAUGAUUUUGAUUUGUUUGCUGUUGUUCAUAAUUUUUUUUGAACGAUUCAAAUAAGAAGGUCGUGAGACUGAGAUGGAUUUUCUACGUACCAUUCAUGCACCCGAAGAAGUUAUGCCGACUACAUUCUUUCAUCUUCUCACACUCAUCACCCCCACUCGCGGCUCACAACCCCCUUUCUUCAGGCGAAGCGUUUCUCCUCGACCGCCCGAGCGUGCCGGAAAAAGAUCGACUCCAUUGCCCACCAAGUCCUGCCCGCCCUGAAGUUUUUCCGCUCGCACUUCCACGCCUUGAUCAAGGCAAAAGCCGAGCCCAUCCAAGACUGUGUCGUUUCUGGUUUCCAACCAGCCACAUCCUGCGCCGCUGCGCCGGGAGAUGACGGCAAAACCAAAAGCGCUACAUGUUACAACAGCACUACGACUGCAAAAGCAGGAACAACUUCCGGCAAAAACACGAUCGGCACGAAACUGUGGAAGCGCAACAUCCUGACCGCCGCGAGUAAUAUCAAAUGCAAAAGUGUCUGGGUCUGGAAGAAUGCAACUUGUGAUGCUGCUUUGGAUGUCUAAAAAAUCUGUGUUGCAUGAGCAGCAAAAGGAUUCAUCUAAUUUUUGCUCCGCGGAGAGGGCAUUUGUCAUGCGGAAUAGGCAUCAAGAAUCCAAUCCCUCAAAAAACCUGUGACGCUAGGGCAUGCAUCACAGACAUCAUGGCUCAUGCAAACCGUGCAUGACAAGUCUCAGAAUCUUCCAGACCCAGACACUUUCACUUUUGCAUUUGAUAAGUAACUUCGGUGUGCAGUGUGGGCCGACGGAGAAAGCCGUUUCCUGUGACCUUCCCCAGUGCGCGAGGCCCUGCAAGGUCGACGGUUGGUCGUCGUGGUCGAGUUGCGAGGCCGGGUGCAGAGCAUCGGUCGGCACGCCCGGAAUGCAGCAGCGGACAAGAAAGUCGCUGGAAGUAGAAGAUGAAGAAGCUGGUGAAACAAGAACGUCUUCGUGUCUCCAACAACCUCUCACGGAAACCCGCCCGUGUAAGUGCGAAGAUGUAGCACUUGGAAAAAAAUUCUCCAACGUUGCAAACCCUUGCGCGGUUUCCCCGUGGUCCCGUUGGGGACGGUGCUCGAAACGGUGCGUCGCCGCGGCGGCUUCGACUGAUGCCGAGAAAUUUGGAACCCGCUCACGGACGAGGAGAUUGCUACGACCUGAAAAUUGCAAAGACGCAGUCGCCGAAACGCAGUCGCUGGAACCAGUCCUGACUGAAAUGGAGGCGUGCACAGCCGCAGCUGCUACAUCUUUCGCUGCAGAAGUCACGGAGCCAAUAGAACAUCAACCAGACGCGAUGCAAAUGGUGGAUGGAAUUUCCCUGGUUUCAUCCUCUACAAAAGAUCAGACCUGUGCGGCCGAUUUACGUUGCGGCGGCGUCCAGGACCUGCUGGUCGCCGUGCCAAGGCUGGGAAGGAGCGAAGUACGCUUCCUCUCUGAAUUGUUCAACCGGUUAGAUGACAAGCUGUACGGAAAUGCCGCGGUCAGAGUCGGGGUCUUGUUUUAUGGAAGCGAACUCGUGAGUCAGGCUAGGGAAGUUGUAGACGCCUCUUCUUCUACCUCGGCCGCCGGAGCUGCUGAAGCGUCUCCUACUACGGGAACGGAACCAGAAACAGAGAGUGAGGAUGGAGAAUUGAAAUCCGCUGUGAAGCUCAGCCCACCAAAAAUUGUGGCUGCGCUCGGCGCCGCCAGCGUGAAUGGGACUUUGCAAAUGCUGCUCAAAGAGAGUCAGCGGCACCCUCCUUCAACGUCCCAAGACCCCUUCCUUCCAAACACCGCGGCGGCGGCGGACGUUGCGGCUUUGGAGUUUGCACAAAACGGCCGCGCCAACGCGCAGCAGACCGUUUUGUUCCUCGUACCUGACUGCGAGAAAGCCCCCGCCAUCUUUCGAAAGCGAGCGACCGAAGCAUUGUGGAGGCUGAAGAAGAAACUGCGCGUGCAAGUCGUGGAAUUACAACAGGACACGAGUAGUGGUACAACAACCGGUAUCAGCACGCGAGCAAAGAGUUCUUCCUGUCCGGCCAAUGAGCAACUGUUCAAAAGUUGGGUUUCGGAACCUGUCGCGGAAAACUUUGUUUCUAUAGUUGCUCCGACUUCCUCGGUUGCGACGAGAAGUCAAGAAUCAGUACCGAGUUCCGGCACCAUGGCCCUCCUCCUCACGAGCAGCUCCACCUGUCCCCGCAUCUACAGCCCGGUGCAGGAGAAAAAGAUCGCCGGUGCCGUCGGUUUUCAGCUGCUUCGCGAACAAGCGGACUGCCGCGAAGCGUUGGGGGGAAACACGACGGUUCUCGGCGUGUACGAAAGUCGCGUGGCCUGUGCCAAGGCAGUCGUGGCUGUGACGCGGGACGAGAAAGCGAAAUUUUCCAUGGAAACGAAGAAGUUCUGGGUGGCGCCAUCAGGAGCUGCGUCAAGAAGUACAACAACUACUUCUCCUGAUGUAGAAACGGCCACACAAGGUGAGGGCAUUUCUGAAAAUGCUGCCAGCGGUGGGGCAGGGCCGUUUGCAACCCGGGAGCUUGCUACGAGAUGUGUGUUGCAUCAAGAAGGAGUCACGGACAGCAAAGGAAGUGGUGCUGCAAUAGCAUCUGCACCAUCUGCAGCUUCUCCGGUGGAUUCUUUGAAGUGCAACCGGAAGUCGAGCCCCGAUGAACAUGAUGAGCAAAACUACGAAGAUCAGGCUUCUUCAUCUUCAUCUUCCGGGACGACUACAACAAAGAUGAACCUGUUCAGCAUUGUAAAGAACGAGACGGUGUUUGGCGCCCUGGCGUUUGACAAAACUUCCGAGUCACCGUUAAAUGCCAACGCCGGAAAGGUUUCGCUGGCGACAGCGGAACAGAUUCGUGCGGUCGUCGCUCGCAAUAAGAAGUUGGCGGCAGGAAGAAAAAGUGAAAAGACAGAGGAGGAGAGGUUGCAGGAGAAGGCGUUGCGGGCGGCGAAAGAAAAAUUGGAACAGCAAAAGGAAGCCGAAAAAUUGGAACAGCGAAAAGCCUUGGCUGCGGAGAAAGCAAGGCAGAAGGAAGGCGAAGGCGCGAAGCGCGAUGCCGCGGCGAAGGCUGAAGCGCUGAAGCGAGAGCAGGCGGAACGGGCAAAGCAGGAAGCCCUUGCGAAGAAAACGAUUGCGGAACGGGUUGAGGCCGAAAUGAAGAAAGAGAAAGCCGCGAAAGCAGAGCAAGCGGCCAAAAAGGCCAGGGAAAAAGCAGCUGCGGAAAAGGAGGCGCAGAAGGAAAAAGAAGCGCAAAAAGCGAAGGAGGCGAAGGAAGCAGAGAGAGCAAAGGAGGCACGAGAAAAGGCGGAAGCGGCGCAAAGGGCGAAGGAAAAGGAGGCGAGAGAGGCUAAGGAGCGGGCAGACGCAGAGGAAAAGCGAGCUAAGCAGAAGUUGGUAGCAGCGGAAAAAGCAAAGGAGGCACAGAAGGCAAAAGAAACGGAAGAGAAAGCCGACAAGGCUCGGGCCGCGGAAGUAGCCAAGGCGAAAGAGGCGGAGAAGGCCAAGGCAAUUGCGCAAAAGGCAAAGGAAAAAGAAGCAGCUAAAGCUCGCGCUGCGCAAAAGGCAAAGGAAGCUGCCGAUGAAAAAGCAAAACAAGCUGCAAAAGCCCGGGAUCAUGAAGCCGAAAAGGCAAAACAGGCCGAGAAAGCCAAAGCCGAUGCGCAGAAGGCAAAGGAGGCAGCAGCAAAGGCGGCAGAAGCAAAGAAGGCUAGAGAACAAGCGGAAGAAGCGGAAGCGGCAAAAGAAGAAGCAGCCGCAGCUGCGCUCAAGGCCAAAGAAGAGCUGGAGGCAAAGCGAGAAAAGGAAAAACAGGAGGCCGCCGCGAAACAAGAACAGGCCGAUCAGGAGCGAGAGAAAGCUGCUGAUGCGGAGGCCGCAAAAGAAGUUGCGGACGCGGACGCAGAGGAGAACGCAGCCGCGGCUGCGGAAGAGGCGGCGGAGAAGAAGUUGGCGGAUGAAGCGCUGAAAAAAGCCCGGGAGGCCGAAGCCGAAGCAGAGAAGUUGAAGCAGCAGGAAAGGAAAACCAAGGCGGAUGCGGCGAAGGAAAAGCAGGACCGCUUGAAUAUGGCGCUCUCACACGUUAAUACCUUGAUCGCUGGUGCGUGAUGUCGCAUUGGUUUAAGAUGCUGCAAGAAUCACAAAGGCAAAAGCCGGGGUCUUGUUGCGCACCAGCUUUUUGAUGCAAUACAUUCAUACAAAUCCGGCAAAGAUUUUGAUUUCCAACCUAUAAAUGUAGCGCACAGUCAGCAAGACUGAUUCAUGGAUGCGAGUCAGGGUCAGCUUGAUCAUGCUCCCGAUGUUGGUUACCAGAGGUCGUCGUCAUUCUUUUUAUCCUGCAUGACAAAAUAAAAUCAAGGAGAAACAUAUCAACAUGUUGUACCAGCGAACAACGUAAUAUUAACGUCUGAAAAACGCCAUAUUAAGGGACCAGCAGGCCGCGAAAGACCACGAGAAAAAAGCAGUUUCCCGCGCCGUGGAGGCGGAGCGCGAGAAGGCGCGGCGGGAAGCAAAAGAAGCAUUUGGGAAAGAGCAGCAGAAGGAGCGAGAGAAAGAAGCGGCAGCGCGACGUGCGGCUGCGAAGGAGAGAGCGCAGGACCGGAAAGCGCAAGCGGAGCGCGAAAAGCAGAUCCGCGACCAGGCGAUAAAACAGGCAAAGAAGGCGUGGGACAAGGCCGCACGGGAACGCAGCGAGGAACAAGGCCGAAGCCGUGAUGAGCAGGAGAAGAAAGCCGAGCGCACCGCUGCGCAGCGGCUGCGGGAGCAAUUUGACAAACAGAUGCGCGUGAGAGAGCGGGAGCUGCGCAAAGCUGCAGUGGACGCAGCGAAGGACGCGACGAAAAAGGCGCAACGGGAGGCGGACAAGCGCAUCGAGAAAUUGGAGAACGAGCUGUCCGCCCAGAAGCGGAAAGCGAACGAGCGCAUCGCCGCGGCCGAGAAACGGAUCAAAGACUUGCAAGAGAAAGCGGCACAAGCGAAUAAUCAAGUGAAGAACAGUAGUAGAAGCAGAAGAAGCGCUAGCUCCUCGACGGACAAGCAACAAGACCGUGCGACACAGAGAGUCCUGCGGGAAAUGGCGGAGCAGUUACGUACACUCAAGCAAGAGAAGGAUAAGAUCGAGGAGAAAGUAAGAGACUUGGAAUCUGCAGCGCGAAACGCGAAGCAGCGUGCGGCGGAGGCGGAGAAGCGCGCAGGUGAAGCCGAGGCAGAACAACAGCGGGAAAAAGCAGCAGAGCGGAAGGACCAAAAAACGCGGGACAAUUUUGAGCACGAGUUGUCUGUGAAAGAGAAACUCGCCGAAGCGGCCCGGCGAAAAGCGGAAGACCGCGAAAGGGCGGCGGAGCGCGCGCAGUGGAAGGCAGAAUCCCAAGCAGAAGUCGCUGACGCCGUGGCCCGGGAGCUCCGCGCACGCGCAGAAGCGGUGGAAAAAAUCGCGGCGUCAUCAAAUCGUGCAGCCGCGCCAGCCCAGCAGCCGCAACAGGCCCCCGCAGAACGACCUCCAGCGAAUCCAACAAGGCCCGCUCCAUCGCCCGCAUCAUCUCAACCGCCGGUGAAUGUUAAUGUCAAUGUGAACGGCUGCCAAAACGCGUCCUGCAGCGGCAGCUACCAGCCCCAACAGCCCACACCGAGUCCUGCUUCGAAUCAGCAGCACCAGAACGCGGCGUCGCCAGCACCAGUGCCCUCUCCGCGAAAAGGCGGUGAUUCUCGCCAGCAAGACUCGCGCAUCGCGGAACUCGAGGGCAAGAAUCGCCAUACAUCCGCAGAACUAGCCGCUGCGAAGCAACAACUGCGACAGGCCCGUGACCUGCUGGACAAGGCUUUGCACAAGAACGCCGGAGAUCCUGGGGACAACCAAAAGUACGUGGAGCACGCGCGGAAGGAUAUCAUGCGCGUAAGGGGAAUAAGGCGGGACGUCGAGAGGGAGGAUAACGACCGGAAAAAACCGAGUAUCGGGAUGAGAAAAAGUCCUACCGUGGACCGCAACAUUGCUCCGAAUAAUCAAGUAACAACAAAUCCGAACGCGACCAAAAACACUCGAGAACGACCCCGGAAACCGUUGUCCAGAAAAGGCACCGCGUGGGAGGAUGGGAGGCUGACGGGCGCGAAUCAUGGAGCUUCCGGUCGAGGAAAAGACAAUCCGGCAUACGGGGAUUCGGGAUUAGGCAUGGCGGGCUUCAUGAUUGUGCCACCGCCGCCGAUGAUACCAAUGGUAGACGAUAGGUUGGGCGCGCGGUCUACUUCCGACGGCGCGGAGCCUAGUGGUGCAGGUGGUAGUGGUGCAGCACCAGAAAGAAUGCCGCUUGAUGCGACUGAGGUUGCGGGUGCUGCACGUCUGGAACAAGCAAUAGACCCGGCAUUCGAAGGUGUCAUGAUUGUUCCCCCUCCUGUCACUUGAGAAGAUAGGACUACAAUCACUGCGCUUGCUAGCCUAGCCCUACCGACUCUAUACACAAUGAAAUAUUUUCUUUUCCAGCGAGCAAGCCGAAAUUAUCGCUCUCGCUUUGCAUCCCACAAGCAGGUGGAAUGCAUUUUAUUUCUACUGAAGCACCAGAAACAAAAAACAGGUCGACAGAGCUACUCAAGCUCUUGUGCCUACCAUGGUCUAGGUGAUAGUGCUUUCCUAC